CUGACAGUUUUAGUUUUUUAAAAUAAAUAAAUGUCAUAACAAUACGUAUAAUUUUUUACAUAAUAAUAAUAAUCAUAAUGAAAAAACAGAAAAAUACAGAAGCAGAAGAACGAAAUCCUUGUUUAAAAGAACAAGAUCUAACUUUUAAAUGUUUUCAUGAUAAUAGCUUCGACAAAGAAGCGUGUGAAACUGCAAUUGAUAAUUACAAACUUUGCAAAUCUUUUUGGUACGCUGUUCAAAAAGAUAGAAGAAAACAAGGAAUUCAACCUAUAAUGCCACCUUUAUCUGAAAGAGAUAGCAUAAAACGUGAUUUUUUUGCUAAAUUUCAACAACAGCAAUGAGUUGGAUAUGUUUCAAAUAAAAGACAAUAUUUUUGUACAUAAGUGAAUAUUUUGUUUUUGCAGCAAAAAGAUGUUUCUGUUCUAUAUAUUGAUUUGUACAUUUUUCGUGUUAUAUUAUCAAACAUUUUGACUUAUAAAAACUAUAGUUGUUGUCAAAAGAUCAUAUUGUUAUAAAAUAUAAUAAUUGUAGUAUAAUAGAAAAUAAUAUUUUAACAGUUAAA